AUGAAAACUCUUUGCCUUAGUCGUAUUCUCACUCUUAUUCUUCAAAUAUUGUUCACUUCAAUUAAAUUAAGUGAAAAUGCAAAAAUUCUCGCUGUAUUUCCAUUUCCCGGACCCUCACAAUACAUGUUUGCCAAACCCUAUUUGAAAGAAUUGGCAGCCAGAGGUCAUCAAUUGACGGUAAUCAGUGGCUAUCCCUCAGAAGGGAAUGGAGCUAAUUAUAGAGAUAUAGCCUUACCAGUGGCAAAUGAACUUCAAGAAGUUUAUAUGCAAGGAGCCCUUAAGAAACGCAAUUUGUGGUCUGAGCUAACCUAUGUCUCGGAUUUUUUAUACAAUGUCAGCGGAUGUACUUUAAGAAAUCCCCAAGUUCAAGAAUUACUCGCCAAGGAAACAUUUGAUCUGGCCAUCAUCGAAGCUGUUAGCACAGAUGCCUUAUACAGUUUGGGCCAUCACUUUGGAGUACCCAUUAUUGGAGUGGCUCCUUUUAGCAAAGACAUUAUCAUCGACGAUAUCAUGGGUAAUCCACGACCAUUGGCCUUUACACCAACCAUGGCCACAGGUUUCACUGAUCAAAUGUCUUAUGGCCAACGUUUGCAGAAUGUUGUGGUUCAGAUGUUAGAACUGUUGCAUACUCAAUGGAUACACUUACCUAGGCAACAGAAAUUGCUAGAUUUAUAUAUGCCUCACAUCGCUCAAAGAGUGGAAACUAUGCGCAAAAAUAUUUCUCUUUUCCUGCUGAAUCAACAUUUCUCUUUAAGCUACGGCAAACCUCUUGUAUCAAAUGUCAUCGAAGUAGGAGGUUUACAAAUUCCAAGGCAAACCAAACCCUUGCCCAAGGAAAUAAGAUCAAUCAUAGACCAUUCGCCAAAUGAUGUCAUUUUCUUCUCCAUGGGAACCAAUGUGAAAAGUAAAGAUUUCCCUCCACAUAUAAUACAGUUGUUCAAUAGAGUCUUCAGCCAAUUACCCUAUACAGUGCUAUGGAAAUUUGAAAAUCCUAAAUUGCCUGGGAAACCCUCAAAUCUCCAUAUAAAUCCCUGGUUUCCUCAGAGUGACAUAUUGGCCGAAGAGAAGGUGAAACUUUUUAUAUCACAUGCUGGUCUACUCUCCACCUUUGAGGCUGUGCAUUAUGGCAAACCAAUGUUGGUGUUACCCAUAUUUUUUGAUCAAAAUUUAAAUGCCAACAAUGCCAAGGAGAAAGGAUUCGCCUUAAGACUUGAUAUGGCAACACUUACAGAGCAACAAUUCAAAAAUAGCAUUUUGGAAUUGAUGAAAAAUCGCAGUUAUAGUGAGAAGAUCAAGGAAAUAUCGCAGAGAUAUCAUGAUCAGCCAGUAAAGCCUAUGGAUUUGGCAAUUUAUUGGACCGAAUAUGUUAUAAGACAUGGUGGAGCUGAGCAUUUACGAAGUCCUGCCCAGAAAAUGGACUUCCUACAGAAACAUAGCAUAGAUACAAUUGGUGUUCUAGUGAUGGUUGCUGUAUUGGCUAUCUGUAUUUUUAAUAUAAUAUUAGGGAGGAUUUGUAAAUUAUUAAAAUCUAUAUUAGCAAUAAAGAAGAAAGUUGAUUAG